AUGGCGGUUUCCCGGGGCACCGUUCCCUUUCUCGUGGCCAUGAUGCUGCUGACGGGUGUCUGCAACACAUUGGUCACCAAGUACCAGGACAAGCAAUGUGUUCGCAACUGCGAGGAUGAGAAUCCCGCCCGUCACAUCUACUUCAACCAGCCCGUGCUGCAGACGGCGCAGAUGUUUGUCGGCGAGAUGGGCUGCUGGCUCGUCGUCGGCGUUGCCGCAGCGUAUCGCCGCAUUGUAGCCAGGCGAUCGCCCGCACAGCGCGGCUACCAGGCCAUCGACUCCAGCCGGGCAGACGACGAAGACGACGACGACAACACGCUCGACGACGGCCGGCCAUCCGUCCUACGGGGCUACCGAGUCCUGCUGCUGGCCCUGCCUGCCAUCUGCGACAUCUGCGGCACCACCCUGAUGAACAUUGGCCUCCUCCUCGUCGCCGCCUCUAUUUACCAAAUGACCAGAGGCGCACUAGUUCUAUUCGUGGGUCUGUUUAGCGUCGUCUUUUUGCGGAGGACGCUGCAUCUGUUCCAGUGGAUCUCCCUAGUUGGCGUGGUCCUUGGUGUGGCCGUUGUUGGACUCGCGGGUGCCAUUUGGCCCGAUGUCAAGGCCAACCUCGUCUCCAGAGGCCUGUCUGCUAUCACGGACUCUCCAGACGGUCUCUCCGACGUUGCCAAGGCCGUCAUUGGCGUCGUCUUGAUUGCCGGGGCGCAGAUAUUUACCGCCACCCAGUUUGUCCUGGAGGAGUGGAUGCUCGAAAACUCCCCCAUUGACCCGAUCCAGGUGGUCGGCUGGGAGGGCCUCUUUGGCUUCGUCGCCACGGUUGUGGUCAUGAUUAUCCUGCACUUGGCCAUUGGCCGGACAGAAGCUGGCCGAUAUGGCUAUUUUGAUGCUGCCGAGGGACUGCGUCAAAUGUGGGAUGAGAAGGCGCUGCUCGUCUCGAGCGUCAUUAUUAUGAUCAGCAUUGGCGGCUUCAACUUCUUCGGCCUCUCCGUUACCCGUACCGUCAGUGCCACCUCUCGCUCCACCAUUGAUACGUGCAGAACGCUCUUCAUCUGGGUCGUCUCUCUCGGCCUCGGGUGGGAGUCGUUCAAGUGGCUGCAGAUUGUUGGAUUCGCCUUGUUGGUGUACUCCACCUUUUUGUUCAACGGCAUCGUCCAGCCGCCCUUUGAGUUUCUGCGCGUCGAGGAAGAGACCGAGGAGCUUCUGCCCGAGGAGCCCAUCGAGCACCUGUAG